CUACCAUGCUGCAUAGGUUAGUCUUAAAAAACGAUACCCUGCUAAAGUCAAGUGUGGAUUAAAGUGCUGUGUGUGAAGGAAGAGAGUGAGAAAAGAAAGUUUUCAAAAUGACCACCUACACCGACAAAGGACCCAAACCAACUUUUGGCAAAUUCCUGAGUUUCGAUCAUUUGACUUUCUAUGUGGGCAAUGCUAAACAAGCAGCUAGUUAUUACACCACACGCAUGGGUUUUACCCCUUUGGGCUAUCAAGGAUUGGAAACGGGCAACCGUCGUUAUGCUAAACAUGCUGUAAAACAAAAUAAAAUUGUUUUCGUGUUUGUCUCAGCCUACGAGACCAAUGAUGAAGAUCAUGGCUUCCAUUUGAUGAGACAUGGUGAUGGUGUAAAAGAUGUGGCCUUUGAGGUGGAGGAUAUUGAGGCAAUUUUCAAAUUUGCCAAACAACGAGGAGCUGAGGUAGUCAGAGAAUUAUGGGAAGAAUCAGAUGAGUUUGGUACUGUGAAAUUUGCCACUAUUAAGACCUAUGGCGAUACCACACACACUUUUGUUGACCGCACUAAAUACAAGGGGGUUUUCUUACCCGGCUUCCAACGUGCUGCCGAAGAUGUUUUGCUCAAGGCUUUGCCCCCAGCCAAAUUGGAUUUCAUUGAUCAUGUUGUGGGCAAUCAACCCGACUUGGAAAUGGAACCCGUUUCCGCUUGGUAUGAGCGCGUCUUGCAGUUCCAUCGUUUCUGGUCGGUAGAUGAUUCCCAAAUACACACUGAAUAUUCUGCUUUAAGAUCUAUUGUUAUGGCCAACUAUGAGGAGACCGUAAAAAUGCCCAUCAAUGAACCGGCCAAGGGCAAAAAGAAAUCACAAAUUCAGGAAUAUGUUGAAUAUUAUGGCGGUGCUGGGGUACAGCACAUUGCUUUGAAUACCAGCGAUAUUAUAGCUUCGAUUAAAAAUCUCAAAGCCAGAGGCGUCGAGUUCCUUACCAUUCCUUCUUCGUACUAUGAAAUUUUAACGGAAAAUCUAAAACACAGUCGCACCAAAGUCAAGGAGGACAUGGAGGUCUUGAAAAAGUUGAAUAUUUUAAUUGAUUAUGACGAAAACGGAUAUCUGUUGCAAAUCUUCACCAAAAAUAUGCAGGAUCGUCCAACUGUAUUCUUGGAAGUCAUUCAACGUCACAAUCAUAAUGGUUUUGGUGCUGGCAACUUUAAAUCACUCUUUACCGCCAUUGAAAUCGAACAGGAGAGGCGUGGCAACUUGUAGAUAUUCUUGGGUCGUUUUUUUUCAAUUUAUUUCUCUUUUUUUAAUGUAGUUUAAAUGUAAAAAAAAACCAAUCAUAAAAAUGAUGUGUGGUAAAUAAUAGUUGUAGUCCUAAAUCUCUUACAUAUUUGCAUAAACGUAAACAAUAACAAAUUAUUUUUUGAA